GAAUGCAAGUCACAUCAAAGACAUCGAGGAGAUGGUAGACUACGUUAAGGUAUGAAAAUACGUGAAAAAGCUCUGGUUAAUCAUGUUUGUAAAAAUACGGACUCGCGCUUGUCUUAGUUGUUGCAGUAUCCAAUGAACAGAUUUUAGAUUUAUUUUACCUAUGCCGGUGAAGUUCUGAGUCUGGCCGAUCUCGAGCUCACAGCCUCUUCCAUUUUUCACUCAUAGUAGGGUGCCGGUGGUUGUCCAUACUACGCGGCUCACGUCGCUCACCUAGAGGCAGACGUACUCGUUUGUCCUUACAACUACGUGCUAGACCCAAGCGUGCGCGAUAGCUCUCGUAUCUCCGUAAAGGACCGCUUUGUGAUUCUCGACGAAGCACACAACAUUGAGGAUGUCUGUCGCCGCGCGGGAAGUUUCAGCUCGAACGAUACGGAAAUGAACCCAAGCACCCUGAUGCAGCCGUUGUGGACCUUGCGCAGUAAGGCAACGCAUUUUUUGCCGCAUCGAAGCGCGGAUCUCGAUCGCAUUUGCGCUUUUUUGGAUUCCGUUUUUAGGACAGCGGAGAGGUGGCACCACGAAGUUGAGGCAAGUAACCGCGCUCCUGAUGGUAGAUGGAAGGAUUGGCGUGAGAAGACUAAGGUUCGCUGCUGGGCAGCGGCAGGGACUUCCUAUAACAAAACGCAGGCACAGGGUUGGCGCGUACUUGAGCCAAAGUCGUUACUUUCCGAACUUGGUUUGCAUGCCAGUGCUAGCAGCAGUCGGACGACUGGAGGGCGGUCUUUACGGUCCACUUCUAAAACUGGGCACUUGGAAGAUCCGGUGGAUCUCCUGGAUUUGAUAGAGGCGCAAGACAAGGGUUUGGUAACGGCCUUACAAAACCUGGACCGGGAAAAGAUAAAGAAGGCCCUCGGACGGGCGGGUGACUUGUCUCGAAGAGUCACACCACGGCCAGAGCGGUUGGAAUGGGGAGACGUCACAAAGUGCACCCAAGCACUACGACGUGUGACGGAGAUGCUGCGUGCCUUUGCACUGCUGGCGCAAUUCCCUGACGAGUACGCGGUUCAUUUUGAGCCGACGACGCCGUGGAGCAAUAACGAAAGCACUUCGUGUGGCUUUGGGUCCUCCGCUAUGAACCCUGGAAGAUUCACACUGCAUAUUCUAUUGUUGCGACCUGCAGUCGUGUUUCGCCCGCUAGCGAAAGCUGCUCAUGGACUGGUGCUCGCUUCAGGCACCUUGUGCCCGAUCAACGGGUUGUUUGCUGAAUUGGGCAGAGAAUUUUUGGCGCGGCAGUUGCGUGGAAAGGAUUGCCCAGGAAUAUUGGGUGUUCCGUUGAGCCCACUGGAUGCGGGUCACGUGAUCGACCGCUCCCAGCUCUUUCUUCAGAGAAUAAGCAAAACUUCCGCGAAGGGUUCGGAUUUUUCCAGUGUCCGCAAUACCAUCAUGAAAGCAAAUGGUGCCUUUGCAUACGGUGGAGGCAACAAGGCUGCCGGAGGCAACAACAAUUUUUAUGUUCGAAGUGGAAUGCUUCCAGUUGGUGGGGCACAACAGGCAGGCGGCUUUGGUGGCUUCGCUGGCGGUUCAUCAGCACAGCAAUGGAAUGACGAGUUGUUGGCGGAUUUGGGACUUUCUGUUCUAGCGCUUGCACGCUCAAUACCCGCUGGGCUGCUGGUGUUCUUCGCCAGUUACGCGCAUCUGGAACAUUGUCUAGAACUGUGGACAGCUACUGGCACUGUGAAUGCACUUGAGCAGGUGAAGGGUAAGAUUGUAGUCGAAGAUCGCAGGCGCGACGUGCAGGAAAUGAAGAGCGAGUAUCAAGAAGCGGUUGAACGGACGGGACAGGCCUUGCUGUUUGCUGUGAUGCGCGGAAAAUGUUCAGAAGGGCUCAGCUUCAACGAUAACUUUGCGCGAGGCAUUGUGAUAUUGGGCAUUUGUCUGCCGGCUUUUGGCGAGGCUGCAGUAGUGCAUAAAAUGGCCUAUAACACGCAUUUUGGAGGAUCUCGUAGUGCGUCUACCAGGGCUACUCAGGCAAAGAAAAAUGCAAGCAGCGCUGCUACUUCUUCUAGAUUUUUUAGUAGAACAGCUGCAGAAAGCGGGACACGUGAGCUCGAAAAUAGUGCGAUUAGUACUAUGUUGUUAGAUCGUGCUGGGCUUGCUUCAGGGAAUGCAUGGUACGAGCAGCAGGCCCUUCGAGCGAUUAAUCAGGCAUUAGGCCGGUGUAUUAGACACCAAGGGGAUUAUGGGGCGCUAUUUCUCUUUGACACGCGUUGGACAACACGUGCAGGCAGCUUCACGAACAAACUAGCCACGUGGAUGCGAAAUCUUGGCGUUCGCCCUGUACUCCCGUGGCCACAGCUGCAGAUGGAUUUGGCUAAUUUCUUUAAUGCAAAUAGGAAUAGGGCACGUGUUGAUUUGAUGUUAUAAGAAUACGCGUUUCAGCUCGUCACCAUCAAACUUUUUCAAAUUCAGUCCUCCAGCCUGAUUGGUUGAUUCUAAAGAUGAUGACAAUGAACCCACUGAUUUUCUUUUCCACCGGCUUGGAAAAAUAUGAACAAUUGAGAUGAGAUUCAGUGCUUAUGCUACUUGAAUGUAGGAUACACGUG